CAUCGUAGCCAUCAUCAUACCCCAAUAAUUCACUGCCCACACCGGGCGGGCGGCGAAGGGAUCACCACCACCACCCGUAGGCCUCCCCCGGGCCGCCAAUAAUAAUAGGAGAGCCGCCCCCGGACGCUCAAGAAACCCACGGCACCCGCUGGGCGCUGGUCAGUGGCCACUGGCCAGCCACCACACGCACCGAUCGAGAGCUAGCUAGAAGCAGCUCCGAGAACGGCCAUGUCCAUGCGUGACCGCCGCUCUGCAUCCGCCAUGUCCCCGUCGCUCCGCUUCCUCGGCUUCCUCAACCACCACCAGCAGCCCGCGGAUGAUGCCGACGGCCAGGAGCUCGAGCUCGACGAGCGCGACGUGGUGUGGUCGUCCUCGUCCUCCAACUCCUAUUCCCCUUCCUCCUUGGCGUCCUCGCCCUCGCCUACCCCGUCCACCGGUGGUACUAGCCACCGCUGGCCCCUGUCCUCUUCCUCCCGCGCGUUCCCCUCCGGCAGCGCCGGCCUGUCCGCGCUCCUCGCAGACGACGACGACGACAGCGGCAGCCAGUACCACUCGCCCGCCACCGAGGCCAUCCCGGCCGCCGCCCGGCGCGAUCAUCCGAAGCACCAGAUGCGCCCGCAGCCGUACCACCAGUCGGCGCCGGUCGCCGUGCCUGCCUGGUCCAAGGCCGCCGCGGCGGACAGGCGGCGCCGGGAGGCGCAGCAAGAUCAGGCCGACGCCGAGGAGGAGGAGGACGGCGAGGACGAAUCGGUGGUGCCGCCGCACGAGAUGGCCGCGCGCCGGGCCGCGGCGGCGGCGUCGAUGAUGGAGGGCGCUGGGCGGACGCUCAAGGGGCGGGACCUCCGGCGCGUGCGCAACGCCGUGUGGCGCACCACCGGCUUCCUCGACGACCUGUGACAAAGGAAAGGAUGCUCCUCUCCUUUGGAGGUCUCUUUCGCUCGCUCGUUGGCUGCCCUCGUCACUCUCUCCGGCCAACUGGUGUAUUUUGAUAUAGAAAAAUGUGGGUGUAUUCGGUGUUUUCUUGCUAAGUUUGGAGUUGUGUAUCCUUCUAGGCGUAAUGUUUUGAUGGGUGUUCGAUGUCACCUGCUAGUAAAUUGACAAGUGUUUUUUACAUGUUGUUCUUUCGAAAGAAGGAAAUGACACUGCUUAUAAAGCAAGUUAACUAAGGUCUGAGUGGAUUUGUGGAUGGUUUACAGGUUGCACCUGCAGCUAACCACUAUUGAUAGAUCGCAAUUGUUCCAA